GCUGACGGAGUUUCUCCUCACAUGUGAAAAGUUGGGAGUUCCUGACCUCUCAGCUCGUCGCCCUGAACAAGAGGCGGAGCCUGAUGCCAGCACAUAAAACUCGCCUUCUCUCUGUGGUGGAAAACAGACGGAGAUCGAGGGUGAUCGCCUUUGCAGUUGAAAAGAUCCUCUACUCUCCUCCAGACCGUCUCGUAUUUUGACAGCUGCACCGUCUGUUCCUCACUGAAAGCUGGGGAUCACUCUACUUCUUUAGUCUGUAACCUUCACAGAGUACUCUUCCCAACCUCCUCCUUCUAGCCACCUUUGUAAGUUAGAAGUUUUUAAAGAUGAGCUGCACGAUGAACAGCUGUUUAGUCGCUCUGGCGAUCCUGUUUCUGUGGCGUGUUGAAGAAAUGGCAGAAGCCUGCAGCUGCUCCCCUGCGCAUCCUCAACAGGCAUUCUGCAACUCAGACGUUGUAAUCAGGGCCAAAGUUGUUGGAAUGCAGGAGGUUGACGGUGGCAAUGACGUAUAUGGAAAUACCAUCAAACGGUUCCGAUAUGACGUCAAACAGAUCAAGAUGUUCAAGGGUCCCACUCAGGAUAUUGAUGCAAUCUAUACUGCUCCAUCCUCAGCAGUGUGUGGAGUGACUCUGGGCACUAAUGGAAAGAAAGAGUACCUCAUCACAGGUAAAAUGGAGGCUGGGAUGAUGCACGUCACCUUGUGUGACUUCAUUGAGCAGUGGGAGACUCUGAGCGCCACGCAGAAGAAGAACCUGAUUCAGCGCUACGAGACCAGCUGUGAUUGCAGGAUCACCCGCUGCACCUCCAUCCCCUGCAUGAUCAGCAGCCCAGCAGAGUGUCUUUGGACAGACUGGGUGAUGGAGAAAACGGUGAACGGGGAGCAAGCCAAACACUACGCUUGCAUUAAGAGGAACGAUGAUUCGUGCGCCUGGUACAGAGGCAGUGUACCACCCAGAAAGGAUUUCCUGGACAUUGAAGACCCAUAACUCCUCUUCUGUGGAACUAUCUGAAGACGGUUGCAGUUUAAAUAAUCCAACACACACAAAAAAGAAAACAAUAAUCCUUGUAGACAUUUUUUUUUUUUUUUUUUUUUUUUAAGCUGUUGUGUGGAAGCUCUGGUAAGAGGCAAACUAUUGUUAAUUAUGUCAGGUUGCAUGUUAUGAAAAACUCUGCACCUUUGCCCACUUCAACCCUUUUUGAAGCACUUCCUCAUCAACCACUUACACUCCAUCUGAAAUGAAAAAUCUCAGUUUAGUUUACUGUUUUAUAUAUUUCUCCUUCUGUGCUUCUCAUCUGUAAUGAAUUAGUUUUUGUUUUUUUUAUUAUUUAAACUGAGAUUCAAAUUUUGAAUGCAGCAUUCAGAAACUUGAAAAUUUUCUCACAGCACCCCCAAUUUGUUACAAUCUAUGCUUUUGCUGUAAAAUCAAUCCAGAAUAGACAAAAAUCCACUUUGAAUAAAAUUUUUGUAAACAUUUUCAAUAGGAAGGGAUCACAUUUAUUCAAGCAUUACAAUGAAAACAAGCACACAUUCUAAUCAGUCUUCUGACAAAUAACACCACUGAUUUAAAAAAUGUAAAAGACCCAAUUUUGCAUUAGUUUAAUAAACUGAUUUUGUAUUAAAUAAAGUAGUUAUAUCAGUGUUCAAUGUCUGACUCGACCUCUUGAGUUGUUGCAUAUGGAAGGUUUUGUAAGCAAACAUUUUCCAUGCAGAAAUACUCAAAAGAAUAUAAAUUUUGAGCGGUUGUCACUUCGCUUUAAUAUAAAAUUGUAUAAUUUUUUUUUUUUCCGAUGUGAUAUCUUGUGCGGGUUUCACGUGGGAUUUUGGAGAACUGUUUUUUGCAUGCAUGUCAAGCUCAAACCGUUUUUGUACAUUUGGCUAUUAAAAGGUUAAUACUA